GGGGGCUCCUCCCGCAGGCCGGGCGCCGGGCCGGGCCCUGAGGCGGCCGCGGCCCCGGGCAGCCCCUGGCGGCGGUUGCGGAGGAGCCGGCGACGGCCGGAGCGGGCCGAGGAUGGGGAUCCUCUUCACCAGGAUCUGGAGGCUGUUCAACCACCAGGAGCACAAAGUAAUCAUUGUUGGUCUGGAUAAUGCAGGAAAAACUACCAUUCUUUAUCAAUUCUCAAUGAAUGAAGUGGUGCACACCUCACCUACGAUAGGCAGCAACGUGGAAGAGAUCGUGGUUAACAACACGCGCUUUCUGAUGUGGGAUAUUGGAGGGCAGGAGUCCCUGCGGUCUUCGUGGAACACCUACUAUACGAACACUGAGUUUGUAAUAGUUGUUGUGGACAGCACAGACAGAGAGAGAAUUUCGGUGACUAAAGAAGAACUGUAUAAGAUGUUAGCACAUGAGGACUUGAAGAAAGCAGGUUUGCUGAUCUUUGCGAACAAGCAAGAUGUUAAAGAGUGUAUGACAGUGGCUGAAAUCUCUCAGUUUCUGAAACUGACUUCAAUUAAGGAUCACCAGUGGCACAUUCAGGCGUGCUGCGCUCUAACUGGAGAGGGACUCUGCCAAGGACUCGAAUGGAUGAUGUCAAGACUAAAGAUCAGAUGAUUUUUAAUGACCCCUUUGCACAGACAUUGCUUAAAAAAAGCUGUACCCGUGGUGACCCUCACAGUGGCAGAAUUGCUGGGUUAGGUGUAUUUAUAAUGAACCGAUUUCAACUUUAUUUUCUACAUAGAUACACACACAUGUAUAUAAAUUAAGACUGUUCAGCAAAAAGAAAGAAGCAGUUGAUGGCUCAAGUUUAUUUUCUUGGUUAUUUUCCUCUGGAGAUGCGUGUAAAAGCGGUGAUCAAUCUUCUUUCCAAGAUACAGCCACUCAGAACAGACUGAUGCUGAGUGAGGAGAAGAUGAAGCGAGAGAAAGAACUUACACUUUGGGGUUUUAUUAUUACAUUGUAGUCCUCUCUAGUCGAAGAUGUGGCUUCAUUAUUCCAGUAAAUUAGCAAACAAAUCAAUGGCAUAGAUAUCAACUUUCCAGUAUUUUUAAAGUUACUGAUGUUACAAAUGCAAAACUAUUUUCCUGUAUGUGUACUGUACAUAUUUGUGUAUAUUUAUACCUCAAUUUUAGGUUAAUUGCAGUCUGUUCAGACCAGUGUGUAAAGCUGAAUCAGUAUGUUGACAGCAGUACUAAUAUUUGACAUUGCCAACGUGUCACAACUUCUUUUCCUUCAUUAUCUGUGUGGCUGUGAUGUCCAUCAGACAGUUGGCUCACCACAACUUUAUAAAGCGAGUUCUCUCUUAAGAAAACUGCUUGUUUCUCACAUGAUUUUUCAGUUUGAUUUUUCAUAAUGGGUUGGGGCAUACGGAUUCACCUUCAAAUUACAGUAUCAGCAAACAGUAAAAAUUUGCCAAAGAGUUUUAAAAAGAAUUUUAUUUUAAUCAUCAUUGGAUUAGAUGAUUCCUGAAAGUGCAUGUCACGAUGUUCUACGCUACUGCUUUACUUUUUUGGCAGCACGUGUUCAUUUGUGAUUCAAGACUUGUAGAAGUACCUUUAGCUCUCGUAAAGGGAAGAAAUCUUUUUUUUUUUUUUUUUUUUUUUUGUCCCCUUCCUUAACCAAAGAAGAGAGAUGAAAGUAUGUUUAGAAGUCCCACUGGAAUCUUACAAAACUAGACGGACGCUGCAGUAAGUGUUUUUCAGAGGAAGAGGUAUGCUUCUCUUUGAUAGCAUCAAAUGUAUAUAUAUAUAUCCGUAUGCAGUGGUUGGAACUGGGAUGGGGGAGUGAAGUAGGCUACACUACUUGAAAAGCUGUGAGUGACCCCUUGAUCAUGUUCCCACAGAAGUUCCAGGGCAGUACUUCCUGCGAGUAUAACUCCCUUGCACGGUCCCCAGGUGAGUUAUAAGAAAGUGUCAAGCACUAUGUGAUUGUCUUUUCUUCCUGUAGUAUUUAAUGGGUCGGUUGUUCCACAUGGAAGUGCAGAAUUACUGUGUUAAAGGAUACAGGCUCUUCAGUGGGAUUGCAGUUGGAUGGUUUGAAAUAUUACCAGUGUUGUAAAAGGGUAUGUAGCCUUAAUUGUAGGCUUUUAUGUUGGUGGUGUGUGUUUGCAGAGUAUAGUAAAACGAAAUAGAACUUUGUUUAAAAUGUCCUUCCCUUUCUUAGCUCAUGCAACUGAUGAGGAUGGAAAAGACAUUUUAAAGAAUAAUGAGCUUAAAUGGAACUUUCUAACGUGCUCAUCUUUGGUUAUGGGAUAAUGUAGUCAGUGCACCUGCUUUCCCAUUUGCCUGCUUCACUGGGGAUCAUGUGUGAAUUUGUGGGGAAAAGAAGGGAGGCGGUUUCAAAAGUCUGUAUUUAACAAAGGCAGGUCAAGGAUGGAACUUUUUAAUGUAUUUCUGGUAUCUCUUUAUGAUGCUCACUGGCUAGGGAACCUGCUGUCUUUGUUAAACAUUUUAAUGUGUACAUGCAUAUAUUUCUGGUGCAUGCACAUAGGUAUUGGUAUGUAACUGGUGUAUUGCAAAAUGUACAAAUGUUUGAAGAAAUAACAAUUUAAUGCAAAGAUGACUUUCUUGAUUUGUCUGCUAGUAUCUUCAAGAAACAAGCUCCGUGCACUCUUGCAUAUAAAAUGAAAGUGUACAUAGUCUACUCUCAAAGAAAAUGCAGACAUGCUUAUAAACCUACGUGUCUGGUUUUUGAGUCUUCUGUCUUCCCUUUCAUGCCUUCAGAAUAUUUUGCUUUAGUGUUUUUUAAGUACUGUACACUGUUGCCUGAAUCUGUAAAGGUUUUGUGUUGGGUUUUCUGUUGUUUUUUUUUUUUAAGACAAGAAGUAGUUCCUGUUAAGGGAGGAGAUAUCGUGGAGCAGUUUCCAUCUGGCUACUUCUUGCUGGAAUUUUGCUGCUGACUCCCUCACUUCAGUUAGUAGGACAGUGUCCAGAUAAUGAAAGCAUGGUAUUUUUUUUCCAGAUGUAGCAUAUGUUGCAACCAUACAUCUUAUAUUUACAUCAGCUUUCCCUUUCCCUCUCAGUAUCCUGGCCACUGGCACUGUGUGUGGCCUCCAAGGUACUGCAUGGUUCGCUUCAUCUCUGUCUUGCAAGCGGCAGCCGACCCUAGCAGGGAGCUGAGGGUAACUGCACACAUAAUCUGCCUGUUAAAACAGUGUCCAGUGUCCUUAUGAGCUUCCAGUCCAGAAAGUAAGUCGUUGUCUGCGUGUUAGAUGGCAAACAGUGCAGCCUUAACCCAGCUACAAAAGCAUAUAGUAGAUCAUGUAGAAUCACGAGGCUUCUUUUUCUAUUUCGGAUGCCACUGCAUUUAGGGGGAAGGUUUACUGUUCAGAAGCUCAAAUACAGUGGUGGCAGUGCUUACUGAUGCCUCACAUGCCUGUAGCAUUCUUCAGCAGGAAGCGAAGGCAGACGUGCCUUCCUUUGACGUGCCAGGUUUGCAGUGUGUAAGGAGGAUGGGUUUCUGCAGUGGCUGGGCAGCGGUUACCGCCUCUUUGUGAGCGGAGCGGACUCCUGCAGGUUCUCACACAGCCCGUGCUGUUGUGACCUUGCUGAAAGCGCAGCAAAACUAGAGUAAGCAGAGGGCUGCAUCCCACUGUCACAGUGAAAGGCUUUGUAGAAACGUCAGCCUGCCAGGAGGCUCCUCAAGAGAACAACCAUGCUUACUACAUAGUGAGGAGAAGAACAUCAGGUGACUGUGCUGUAUGUACCCUCAUGAUAAUGUUCUGGCUGUGAUGGUCAUUUCCUAUGCACGCUGCCUUUCGAGUAACGUUAGAAAUAUUUCUCAAGUUAGUCCUGAAGCAGGAGGAGCUGUUAAAUUUAGUCACGGAGGAGAGAAAAGCGGCCAAACUCCCGAACUCACAGAAGCCCUUUUCAUGCACUUCUUGUUUACAGCGGUUUUCUUUGCCCUGGGGGCCAGUUCAUGGCUCUUCGCACAGCUCUGCUCGUAGAAGAGCGAGUUGACUUUUCAUCUCUGCUGUGUACAGUUUCUCACAGUUGUUAUUUGGAAGCCAUUGUCCUAAUGUGAGUCGUGACCUUGGUUUGUUUGGAUCUGCGUUUCCACCCUCUGCGUUGUGUUGCCUUGCUUUUCAGCUGAAACACGAGCUUGCUUUCCCUUUGUUCUUCCUGUCCUUCAUCCCGAGGAUGUUUUACAGAAAAGGGGAGGUGUCUUUUAAAAACAUGUCGUUUAGGUUUGUGCUAUAGAACAACAUCCUGCCAGCAAACAAAAUAGCAGUGAGGCGUGUCUCACUAUUCGCAUAUCGAGGUGUUUCCUUUGGUUUAGCACGUAAUAAGGUUGCCACAUCAGCCGUACUCCGUGUUUCUCCUGUGAGCUGAAAAUUACACAGGUUUUUAAUUGCGAGGAAAGGUGGGAAGUCCUAACAGAGAUCUACUUGGCCUCUCUUUUAAAACUCUUUUUUUUUUUUACUAACUGUUUUCCUAUGCAUUAAAUGUCUGUUCCUAGAUGUGUGUGUGAAUGCCGAUGUAUCUGGUAGGCACCUACUACAGUCUAUGCAGCCCAAGUGCCUACAGCGAAUGUACUGCUUGGUUUUUUCUUCAUGUGCUAAAUUUUCCACUUACCUUACAACUGAUACGUAUCUAUGAAAGCGUGUAAUUGUUUGUAAACGAGCGUUCUUCCCCUUCCUGUGCCCCAGUUUUGUCAUGAUUGGUGAUACAUUUUAGUUCUUGAAGCUUUCUGUCCUCUACACUCCAAGCACUUCUCCAUUUACCACGUGGCUGGCUUUCUUUGUGAAAGGAAGUCAGAAAUUUGUCCCUGUAGCAGAUUUAUCUUCAAGCAACUGAGUUAAAAUAAAUUAAUCCGAGAACACUUGGCCUUGUAAACAUCCUUAUUUAAGUAGCUCUUUUUAAUUGGCUAAUAAAACAUUAACCUUGCUCCUGUCAGACUAACUAUGUCUGACAAGAGGUUUCUCAGCUAAUUCAAAUGAAUGUAGUAUUAAGCUUUUAAAUGGUGCAUCACUGAGCAUUAUGGGAUAAGAACGAUGUGACGUUGUGAGGAAUGGCACUGAGAAAGGAAAGCUCCUGUGCACAUAGUCCUGAUGCUUUAUACGUGCAACUCGAAUAUAGUUCUUGCAGUGAGCAUGUUAAAUGCAGAAUAUGAUAAAUUAGAAGUGGCUGCCACUAACUUGUUUUACAUUGUUGUUUAGAAUCAUAAGCAGAGAUGGUAUUCUUGCCUUACUAGGAUUUUACUGGUUAACUUUUAUAUUGUACAGAAACUUUUUUGGAUAUACACAUCAGAUAGUGGUCUGUCUUUGUAGUACCCAUACACCGCCCUUUGUCCUUUCAGGCCAGAUUUCUUCUGCGUAGAGACACAAGUUGGCUGUUUGGAGUUGUUUUUUUGGGUUUUUUUUUUUUUUUUUGAGCUUUUCUUAUUUGUAAAAAUUGGAAGACUUGUCUGGUACUGAAUUAAUACAGAAAAUGCUGCUUUACCUUGAAGCUCUAAUUCAUUCUUUGUAAAUCA